ACAUUCUCUUGUUGUGUAAUUAGGAACUUAAAGUAACUCCGCAGUCAUUUAGCUCCUCUGACAGCGGCGGUGUGUUGUGUGCAUAUACUUACUGAAGAGUAAUAAAUCCCUUACAUUUUAACCAAACCUUCUCACACCUGUGUGUGGUGCAAGUGGAGUUUGAUCUUUUGGUGAGUGAAAGAAACCUUGUGACAGACGCAAGCUUCCUGGGGUCAUCCUCACAUUAUUUGUGACGCCCAUAUAUUAGGGAAAACAACACAGGACAGUGCAGCUGUGGAAGGACACUCUGUGUGGCCACUUGCAAAAAAGAUGUUUGACCUUACCACAGGAUAUCAAUGGACCAAUACGACUCAGUCUCCAUCGCCCUCUCCUGGGGCAGGAACCACUCUGGUCACUGUGGAUAUAGUCGUGCUGGUGAUCUACUUCCUGCUGGUGCUGGCAGUGGGAUUCUGGUCUAUGUGGAGAACACAGCGCAGUACAGUGGAUGGAUACUUCCUGGCUGGGAAGAGCAUGACCUGGUGGCCUGUCGGUGCCUCCCUGUUUGCCAGUAACAUUGGCAGUGGUCAUUUUAUUGGGUUGGCAGGUUCAGGAGCUGCAGCAGGAAUUGGGGCAAUUGCAUAUGAAUGGAAUGGUAUGCUGAUGGUACUGCUGCUGGGAUGGCUCUUCCUGCCCAUUUACAUUGCCUCUGGGGUAACAACAAUGCCAGAAUACUUGCAAAGGAGAUUUGGUGGGAGAAGAACACAGUUAUUUAUAGCUGUCCUGUCCUUGUUUAUUUACAUUUUCACAAAGAUAUCAGUGGACAUGUAUGCUGGGGCUUUGUUUAUACAGCUCGCUUUAAAGUGGAAUAUCUACCUGGCUGUUUUGCUGCUGCUGACAAUCACCGCCCUCUACACAGUAGCAGGUGGCCUGGCUGCCGUCAUCUACACGGAUGCUGUGCAGACUGUUAUCAUGGUGAUAGGAGCUCUCAUCCUCAUGGGUUUCAGCUUUGCUGAGGUUGGAGGCUGGAAUGCUCUGAUGGAGGGAUACAUGCACGCCAUACCAUCCAUCCGUGUGCCAAACUCAACCUGCGGCAUCCCUCGACAUGACGCAUUCCACAUAUUCAGAGACCCAGUGAACUCUGACCUGCCUUGGCCUGGGGUCAUCAUUGGCAUGUCAAUCCCUUCAAUGUGGUACUGGUGUUCUGACCAGGUGAUAGUGCAGCGCUCUCUUGCUGCGAAGACACUGACACAUGCGAAGGGAGGCUCACUGCUGGCUGCUUAUCUAAAGAUUCUGCCUUUCUUUAUUAUUCUGCUGCCUGGCAUGAUCAGCAGGAUACUCUUCACAGAUGAUGUGGCGUGUGCAGAUCCUGACAUUUGCAAUGAGAUCUGUGGCAACCCAGUGGGUUGUACAGAUACGGCCUAUGCCAGACUGGUCAUGGAACUGCUGCCUGCAGGAUUGAGGGGUUUGAUGAUGGCAGUGAUGAUUGCUGCCCUCAUGUCCUCGUUGACCUCCAUCUUCAACAGCGCCAGCACCAUUUUCACCAUUGACCUAUGGAAGACUUUUAGAUCCCGUGCAUCUGAGUGGGAGCUCAUGAUUGUGGGAAGGGUGUUUGUGCUGGUGCUGGUGGUUGUGUCGGUGCUGUGGAUUCCUGUUGUUCAGGCCAGUCAGGGUGGGCAGCUCUUUAUCUACAUCCAGUCCAUCAGCACCUACCUCCAGCCCCCAGUGUCCAUCAUCUUCCUCACGGGCUGCUUCUGGAAGAGGACUAACGAAAAGGGUGCAUUCUGGGGCCUCACUAUCGGUCUGCCGGUGGGCUGCAUCCGCAUGGUGUUGGACUUCAUUUACCCUGCGCCUCUUUGCAAUGAGGAGGAUAGCAGGCCUGCUGUGAUAAAAGACGUCCACUACCUCUAUUUCUCCAUGUUGCUGUCCUUUAUCACCCUGAUUGUGGUGGUCGUAGUCAGCCUGGCCACAGAGAAACCAAAGCCGGAGCAGAUCAGUCGCCUUACCUGGUACACAAGGUUUGACCCAGUGGAACCCAGGGAGCAUGUGUUCACAGUGACAGGGAGCAGUAGGACCAUUGACGUGAUCACAGAUGAGAUGGGCGUUGAAGGGAAAGAGCAGCAGGACAGCAACAACGGAAAAACAUGUCAUCACAGGAAAGAUUCUUCAUCUUCUGUGUCCAGCGUCCAAAGCCAGUCCAGGCUGAUAUCUGCCUUCUACUGGCUGUGUGGGAUGGAAAGACGGAGGGAAGGAGCGAACAAUCCUGUGGUGACUCCUGCGCCCGAACAAAGCAGGAUCUGUUCUUUGCAAGAAAAGCCACGUCUGCGAAUCAUUGUCAACGUCAACCUCAUCAUUUGUCUCUCUGUUGCGUUCUUUAUCAUUGGCUACUGGGCAUGAAGAGCAGGUAACAGCACUUUUAAUGGACACGUGGGUGGUGAAACUGUAAAUUAAGAUGCAUCCACAGUGCGACAAUUCACCUCAAAUAAAGUACAUCUUAAACAUUAAA